AUGCCCUCCGUGCAGCGCCUCCUUCGCCAGGUCGGUGUGUUCCUGGCCUUGACUGACCAAUGCGUCUUCGGGCUGGCCAACAGCCGCGGCGAGCUGCACAAGAAGCCGACCGGGUUCGUGACGAACAACCGGACGGUUGCGGAGGCAUUGUCCAAGAGAUGUGCCAAGGGCCACCAUCAUGCGUGGAUCUGGGGAAGCAAAGCUGUCUCCCAAAGGGCCCAGGUCUAUCCCCCGGGCCUCGUUGAUGCGAUCCUUGAGAGCUACUCCAGAUCGAUUGGAAAGGCUCCCCAAGAAAUUCGGAGAUGCCGCGCCGCUACCGUGAUCACUGAAGAUCAGCGGCACAACGUGAACUACUUUGAAGCGGCCGAGCUGCAGGAGAUCGAGGAGCAGCUCAACACCGAGCUCAGCGAGUGCGAGAUCUUGGCGGGUGAAGAAGUUCGAGAAGCCGAAGACCUACUGGAGGAGAUGAAACCGGAAGCCCUCGGAGUGACCGAGGAUCUCCUUGAUGGAACCGGCUGGAAGCAGAUCCGAGCCACGAAGAGAUGGAUCUACGUCGGGGAGAACGAGCCGGAGAUUGCGACCCCGCCGUCAGACGGGGAAGCUUGGAAGCUACCAUGGCGAUCCACCUGGAGCCGCCAAAACGGCAGAUGGGUCAUUCUGGAAGAUGAGAUCCGUUGGCAGCACGACCUACCUGAGCGUCUACCAGGCCCGCCUGGACCAAAGAGCGGACAAGAAGAUGAGACAUUUUCCGGGAAUGGCCAAGGUCACCCUGGAGAAGAUGAUUCGAAGGGCUCACGAAGGCCUUGGUCACCCAGAGCACAGUCGGUUCAUGCGCCUAUCGACUACCAGACCCAGUUCGGAAAGGCGCUUAUCGUCAGUGGGUACGGUUCUUUGGAGGUGGAAAACGACGGCAGCGAAGCACUGCCGAGCUCCUUGGAGACUCCGACACAGCGAGGCCUGACAGAACGAGCCGGGGCGGAUACUCACCGAUCCAAAGAGUCAUUGGAUAUACACCUCGCCUUCCUGGCGGUCUUCUCACCGGCGACAGCGGUUGCAUUUCAUGCUGCCGAUUGUGAUCAAGCCUUGAGAGCAGCAGCCUUAGCCGGGCCACGCAAGGUGCCCGACUUCGAAGUGGGCCAAGCAGUCUACUUUUGGCGCCGAGGCGCCGGGAGCACCAAGAAGACCAGGCAAUCUUAUUGGGCCGGUCCAGGGCGUGUAGUGAUGACUUCGAUGCCGAAUGCUGUCUGGAUUGCAUACACCAACACGCUCAUCAAAGCCUCCCCUGAGAGAGUUCGGCAUGCGUCUGCUGAAGAGAACCUUUCAGUCUCCGGGUGGCUCCGUGGUAUUUCGCAAACACGUCAAGACUUCGAGAAGCUCCCCAAGAAAGGAUUCAUAGAUUUAACAGACGAUCCCGCCGGUGAUCCAGAAACACUUCAAGAACAUGCAGGUAGAGAAGCCGAAGAAGACGGUCUCUUCGACGCCGACAAUGACAUCGAGAUCGACGGGAACACGCCGGAAGAGGAGCAGGUAGUCGAACAGGGUUUGGAGGCUUCAGGUUCAGGGUUGAAAAGGGAAGCAGAAGGGGCGGAAGAUCCGCCCGGCAAGCGAAGCAGGGCCCACUUGAUCGAGGUCUACAACCUUCAUCUUCAGGGUCUUGCCAAACAGCGUCAGAAGAAAGAAGCCAAAGUUAGUGACUUCAAGGGCAAGGACUUUGCAAAGUUGCAGACGGCGAUCCUCAAGGAGAUCAACAAUAACUUAGGUACGCAGGCCUAUGAAAUACUUAGCCGAGCCGAGUCCUCCAAAAUCGAAAAGCAGAAGCCAGAGAAGAUCAUGGAAUCCCGCUACGUGAUCACCAAGAAACCAUUAGAACCCGCCGAGGUCAGCAAAGCUGAGAGCGAAGGGGUCCUUCUCGAGGACCGCGAACACGGACCGUGUAAGGCAAAGUGUCGGCAUGUGAUGAAGGGCUACUCAGAAGAAUCUGCGUUGGAUGUGGAGUUCACAACCCCACAAAUCACCAGGGACUCGGUUGUGUUUAUCCUUCAGAUGCUUGCCAGUUUCAAGUGGAUGCCGGGUUUUCUUGAUUUCACGCAAGCUUUUCAUUCUGGCGACAAGAUUGACAGAGAGUUAUAUUGUCGUCAACCUCGAGAGGGAAUACCGGGCGCUCAUCCAGAGCAGUUGCUUCGACUGCUCAAGACCUGCUACGGGUUGACAGAUGGGCCACUCGCGUGGUAUCGUCAUCUGGCCAAGCGAUUGAAGAAGCCAGGGUACGAAACUAGCAAAGCCGAUCCUUGUGUGUUCUUUCUUCGGGGAAGCGAGGCAACAGGGUCCAAGUUGGAGGGGAUCAUUGGAGUUGCUACUGACGAUCUUCUUCAUGGCGGCAACGAAAGGCACUGGAAGAACAUCGAAACCAUUGCCAAGGAGUAUAAGCUCGGAAAGAACCAGAAGGGAUUUGGCAGGUUUACGGGAAAAGAUAUCGCCUACCAGAGCGACGGGUCCAUCACCAUGAACCAGAAGUUUUAUGUUGAAGACAAGGUUCAGACCAUCCCUCUUGAUAGGAAGCGUAAACAGCAGCGGUACUCAAAGUGCUCCACAUCAGAGAUUGAGUCAUUGAGAAGUUCACUUGGUGUUUUGUCCUGGCUGGCAAAAGAAACCCGAUGUGACCUGGCAGGGCGUGUAGCCCUGCUACAGCAAGCCUUCCCCGAGCCGCAGGUGAAGGACUUGAUCGAGGCCAACCGGAUCAGCGAGGAGGCACGGAAGUUCAGUGAGAUCGGCAUAAAGGUUAUGCCGAUUCCGGUCGAGAAUCUCAGGGUUUCGGUCGUUACGGAUGCAGCAUGGGGAAACUCAAAGGAGCAACCGUGGAUUGAGGACCACUCAGAAGAUUUCUGGGAGGAAACCGAGGAAUCCUGGAUUCGACAUCAUGUGCAUCCUCGGCGGACGACCUUUCAUCCUGGGGCCUCGCCCGAUGGCCCAGAUCUGGUGGAGCUCCGGGUCACCACCAAGUUCAAUGAGCAGACCGACAAGACGGUCCAGAAGGAGAUCAUCGAGGACAAGUGGUCGGAUGCCAAUGGCAUUCGGGUUCUUCAGAAGGAGACAUGGACCGGAACCAGCUGCUUCCCCAAGUCCAAGAGCGGAAAGCUUCCCGCAGCCAAAGUCCACUCAAGUCUGACCCAACUUCAGAACUUGAGCAGCCAAGGAGGUCAAAUCGUGAUCUACCACGACAAGGGUCUCUCGGAGUCAGAGACCCCAGCUAUGACAACGGUGGCAGCAUGGAAAUCCUACCGCCUCAAGAGGAAGCCUCUUCAUGGAAGCGCUCUUCGGCGACCUCUCCGUGAGUGA